AUGGCCUCCAAGUGCCCCAAGUGCGACAAGACCGUGUACUUCGCUGAGAAGGUGAGCUCCCUGGGCAAAGACUGGCACAAGUUCUGUCUUAAGUGUGAACGCUGUAACAAGACGCUGACUCCAGGAGGCCAUGCUGAGCAUGAUGGAAAACCCUUCUGUCACAAGCCCUGCUACGCCACGCUAUUUGGACCCAAAGGUGUGAACAUCGGUGGUGCAGGCUCCUACAUCUAUGAGAAACCGGCAGCUGAAGGGCCCCAAGUCACUGGUCCCAUUGAGGUCCCCGUGGCCCGAGCCGAGGAACGCAAGGCCAGCGGCCCUCCCAAAGGUCCCAGCAGAGCUUCUAGCGUCACGACCUUCACGGGGGAACCCAACAUGUGCCCCCGCUGUAACAAGCGAGUCUAUUUCGCUGAAAAGGUAACUUCCCUGGGCAAGGACUGGCACCGACCCUGUCUGCGUUGUGAGCGCUGUGGGAAGACGCUGACCCCUGGUGGGCAUGCUGAGCACGAUGGCCAGCCCUACUGCCACAAGCCUUGCUAUGGAAUACUCUUCGGACCCAAAGGCGUCAACACGGGGGCAGUGGGCAGCUACAUCUAUGACCGGGACCCCGAGGGCAAAGUUCAGCCCUAG